UUUCAUCCAGGUUACAUGGCGUUGUUUGCUUGACAACAGUUAUUGAUCUCUCGUUUGUUGUCAUCUUAUUAAAAUACAAACUGAAAAAAAAGAAAAUGGCAACAGCGACAGUAAUGCAUGGAAGGCGAAAGGGGAAAGAAAGGGCCACUCCCGAGAUGCCCUUACCCCCAGACUUCCAAAUGCAGGGUACCAAGACAGGCCAACCUGGAAUGAUACUCCCAAAUGGUACAGACCUCAGGGACGUCACUAUCCUGUCCAAGAAUGAGUGGAACCGAAUUCAACAAGAACUUUACAAGAGACAAAUCGAAGAGGAAAGAAUUCGAAGAAUGAGAGAAGAGAAAGAAAAUCGCAAACAAAUGUCAAAAGAAAUGGUUCAAAACUGGGGAAACACUAUAGCUGGAACACGUACAAGAAAACUAGAGGCUCGAAAACUUCGUGAACAGAAAGAAGAAGAGGAGAAGAGGGCAAUAGAUUUAGAGGAAGCCAAGUAUCAGGCUGAGAAAAGGAAGGAAGCUAUAGAAAAAGCCAAGACACAGCAGUAUUACCAGACAGACAGAGUCAAAAACUUCCACAGUGCCCUUAUGCUGACAGAGGUACUCAAAGAAAGAGAGGCACAGAUUGAAUUAAAGAAACUCAAAGAGAAGGCUAGCGAGGGCAAGGAUGCAGAAUGGCUCCAAAAAGCCAAGAGAGAGCAUGAAAACGCGAUCCUGCAUGAUCAAGAGAGAGCCAAGGAGAGGAUCAAGGCUUGCAAGGAGAACGAGAAGUUCCUAACUGCACAGAUCCAGGAGCAUGUCAAACAGAGACACGAGGAAAUCGAGGAGGAUAAGCGGGAGGGGGAGGAACUACAGAAACUGGCCAUCCAGUUCCACGCGGAGAAAGAGAGACUGGAGGAAAUCAAACGUGCCGAGAAACUACAGAUGAUGAAGGGGAACAUGGAUCAAAUCAAAGACAGAAAAAUGAUCAAACAAGUCAUGGAGCAGCAGGAGGAGGAGGAAGAUGAAGAAUGCAGAAUUUUUGCUGCAGCCAAGAGAAAAAUGAUGAAGCUAAGAGCAGAAAAAGAACAACAGAUUCACAAUGAGAAACAGAGAAAUCUAGAAAAGAUUCGAGAGAAGCUGGCCGCCCAGCUGAAACAGAAAGUCAGUGAUGAAGACGAGAGAAUCCACCGAGCUGUGGAAGAGGCUGAAGAGAAGCGAGCGAAGGAAGAAGCAGAGAAGGAAGCGAAGCUGAGGAAGGACAUGGAAGAGAGUGCUAAACACAGAAAUCUACAGAUGAGGGAGGCCGAGCAGAAGAAGAAGGAAGAGCGAAGACAGGAACUAGAAAUGGUGAGGAUCAGACAGGCUGCCGAUGAGAUCUUCCGACGCAACGAGGAGGAGAAACACAUGAGAAGGAGGGAGGAUGCUGUCGACCUCAAAAACUUCCACAGGGAACAAGUGAACCAGAGAAAACAAAAAGAAGUAGAGCAGGAGCAGGAGAAAUUGGCCCUAGAUCAGGCCAACCAAGCCCUGCUGGCCGUGGAGGAGGAACAGUUCCAGGAGUACGCAGGGAGAGUCAUAGAACACUGCGAGAAAGGGGGCCGCAAUGUCUACCCACUCAGGAAGGCUGCCAAAAAUGGGGCCGGAGGGGGUAAGGGUCCAGUAUUCGAAGGAAAAGGCGGGAUUCGACCGAGCUACAUGGUUUCGGAUAAGUCUGGGAAACAGAUGCCCCAUUAUCAAAGGGAUUCUACAGAAGAAACUAAAGAUAGCAUUUAUGGACAGACAAAGUCUAAAAAGAGGCUAGGAUUUGUGUGGUAGAAAAGGAUAAAAUAAUUAAAAAUAUGGGUGUGUUUAUGUGCUCCCAAAAUUAAAGACAAUGAAUAAAUUGAGUGAAAUGUGAAGAAAAUGACAAAAACAUUAUAAAAACUAUGAAACUAAUGGAUCAUCAUUUAAUUAAUUGGUUCAUUGAAAGUAUUUGAUCCUAAUUAAUAUUCAGAAUGUUUACAUA